AUUAAAUCCAAAAACACCAGAAAUCGCUCUCUCAUUUAUUACCGCACUAACAGUCUGUCUUCAACCAAUUCGCACCAGGACGUGAAGAAGUGUUUAAUUCUUCUUUUUUGUGAAAUACUUGUUGUAAAGGCUCUUGCGUUUUUUUCCAGAGCUUAAUUAAAUUACACAUCUAGGUAUUUCUAUAUCCUAUAAUAGAAUCAUGUCUUCCAGGACGAACGUUGUUGGUAUCGAUUUCGGUAACAGCAAAACUGUUAUUGCUGUUGCUCGUAAUCGUGCUAUCGAUGUCAUUGUUAACGAAGUUUCCAACCGUGCUACUCCUUCCUUGGUCUCUUAUGGCGAGCGUUGCCGUUUCCUUGGUGAAGGUGCCAAGUCUCAAGAGGCUUCUAACUACAAUAACACUGUUGGAAGCUUAAAGCGCUUGGCCGGUCGUACUCUCGAUGACCCCGAGAUUCAACAAAUUGAGUCUGCUUUCAUUUCCGCUCCUCUCACCGAGGUUGAUGGUUUGGUCGGUGCCAAAGUGCGUUAUCUCAAUGAAGAAAAUGCUUUGUCUAAUAUCCAACUCAUUGCUGCCUACUUCACCAAAAUUAAGGCUAUUGCUGAGGCUGAGUUGAUUGGCUCCGUCAGUGACGUCGUCAUUUCUAUUCCUGCUUGGUUCACCGACAUUCAACGUCGUGCCAUUUUGGAAGCUGCCAACGUUGCCGGCCUCAAUCCUUUGCGUUUGAUGAACGACAACGCUGCUGCUGCCUUGACUUAUGGUAUUACCAAGACUGACUUGCCUGAGCCUGAGGACCCUCGUCGUGUUGCUAUCGUUGACCUUGGUCACUCCAACUACUCCGUUUCUAUCAUUGAAUUCAGCCGUGGCCAAUUCCACAUCAAGUCCACUGUUUGCGAUCGCAACCUUGGUAGCCGUAACAUGGACAAGGCUCUUAUUGACCAUUUCGCUGCCGAAUUCAAGCAAAAAUACAACAUUGAUGUCCUAUCUAACUCUAAGGCCACCUUCCGUUUGGCCGCUGCUGUUGAGCGUCUCAAGAAGGUUCUUUCCGCUAAUGCAUCCGCUCACAUUAAUGUCGAAAUGAUCAUGAACGACAUUGAUGCCAGCUCUUUCUUGAAGAGAGACGAAUUUGAAGAACUCAUUCGCCCUCUUUUGGAGCGUCUUACAGGACCUCUUCAAGAAGCCCUUUCCCAAGCCGGCCUCAAGAAGGAGGAUCUUUUCAGCAUUGAAAUGGUUGGUGGUUGCACUCGUGUUCCCAGCGUCAAGGAGACUGUUUCUAAAUUCUUUGGUAAGCCCCUUUCCUUCACCUUAAAUCAAGAUGAAGCCGUUGCUCGUGGUUGUGCCCUCUCUUGUGCUAUCUUGUCUCCUGUUUUCCGUGUUCGUGACUUCAGCGUUCAUGAUAUUACUCCUUAUCCCAUCACUUUCAGCUGGGAACCUAUUCCUGAAAACCCUGAAGAAGAUACCAACUUGGAGGUUUUCUCUCGUAACAACCCUAUCCCCUCUACUAAGAUUCUUACUUUUUACCGUAAGGCUCCCUUUACCCUUGAUGCUUUCUACUCUCAAAAGGAAUUGUUGCCUGGCAAUAUCCGCCCCAACAUUUCUCGUUACUUGAUCAAUGACGUUAAGCCUAACGCUCAGGGCGAUUUGAGCAUUGUUAAGAUUAAGGCUCGUCUUGAUUUGCACGGAAUUUUGAUUGUUGAGCAAGCUUACAUUGUUGAGGAGCAAGAAGUUGAAGAGCCUGUCGAGACUCCUGCUAAGGAAGGUGAAGAAGAAAAGGAUGAACCUGUUAAGAUGCGCAAGGUUAAGAAGUUGGUGAAGACUGCUGAUCUUAGUGUUUCUGUUGAGGAAGAACGUCUUCCUGAAAAGGUUUUGCAGAAGUAUUCUGAAGUGGAGCAUCAAAUGAUUGCUGCCGAUAAGCUUGUUGCGGAGACUGUUGAUCGCAAGAAUGCUUUAGAAGAAUAUAUCUAUGAUACUCGCUCCAAACUUGAGGACAUUUAUGCCCCUUUCACUAAUGAAGAGGAAAGCUCUAAGUUUAAAGAAAUGCUUACUGCUUACGAAGACUGGUUGUACGAAGAAGGCGAAGACACUACCAAGGCUGUCUAUACUGCCAAGCUUGAAGAUCUUAUGCGUAUCGGAGGUCCCAUCCGUCAGCGUUAUUUAGACUCUGAAGAGGAGAAACGUCAAAAGGCUCAAGCUGAGCGGGACGCCGCCGCUUCUGCUUCCAAAGCUGAAGCUGAGAAGAAUAAAAAUCAACAGGAAGUACCCUCUGGUAAAUUUGAAGCUGGUACUGGUGGUCGUGCUCCUCCUCCUCCUCCUGCUGAGCCAGUUGCUGAGGAAAACGGCGAUCAGCAAAAUCAAAAUGAACAAAUGGAAAUUGAUGAACAGAAACAAUAAAGAAAUUUAGGUACCGUUUGCUUAUGAUGUUUUAAUAUAGUUUUGUUCAUCUUCGGGAGGAAGAUUUUUAAAAGCUUUAUUUUAUCUUCGGAGAUAAUUAGGAUUUAUUAAAAGUAGUUAUUGUUCUAUAAAGUUUUACAUUUAUGAAAGCA